AUGGAUGACCUCGAGAACCUCGAGCUGCUCUCCCUGGUGUCCAAGGUCACCUCGGAACUGCAAAACCAUCUGGGCAUCUCCGAAAAGACCCUCGCCGAAUUCGUGAUCGCGCAACGGCUAGAAUGUGGCGGCUUGGCCGAGUUCAAGAAGAAGCUGGCCGGGGUGGGCGCUGACUUCCCACCCAGCUUGGUGGAGAGUGUCGAUCGGCUGGUCCUUGCGAUGCAUCCCAAGUUCCGGGGCCAGGCCCAACAGAAUGGCAAUAGCGACCAACGCGCUGGGAGGUCGGUCGAGGAGAAAACCCAGGUCUUCCGUGGCCUGGCAGUACCCGACAAGGAGGUCGAAUACGAGGACGGCAUGAUGGAUGGCAAGGAAACGGACGCGAUCGACGAUACUCUGGCCAUGCUGGAGAACCUCGAGGGCAAGGCCAGGACCGAGAAAGCAUCGCGCAAGCGCAGCCGCAGCCCGCUCGACGACCAGGACGAAUUCGGUCGCCGACGCAAGGACCGGUACAGGUCAAGAUCCCGAUCCCUCUCGAGGGGAAGGCGCAAUGAUCGAUAUGGCGACGAUGAUUACGAGUCAUCUCGCAACCCGCGUAAGGAGCGGCGACGGCGCAAGGACAGGGACGACGACAACUAUGACGACAGGUUCUCGAGGCGGCCGGACCCCGAGUUGGAUGACGAACCAAAGCUUUACAAGGUCUACGAGGGUCAUGUCACUGGAAUCAAGGACUUUGGCGCCUUUGUCAAUCUCCAUGGAGUCAAAGGCAAAGUCGACGGUCUGGUGCACGUGUCUGCGCUCGUUGACGGCCAGCGCGUCAAUCAUCCCUCGGAUCUGCUCUCCAGAGGCCAGGAAGUCAAGGUCAAGGUCACCAAAAUUGAAGGGAACAGGAUAGGUCUAUCCAUGAAGGAGGUGGACCAAGAGACCGGUAUGGAUCUUGCGCCCCAGGCCAGGAUACAGUCUGGCGCAAAUAUGGAGGCUCUAGGCGGUGGCCGAAAUGGCCAUGGUAACCUGGUCGAGGACAAGCCCGUCGCCUUUACCAACACCUUACCCCCCAAACGGCACCAGAAGAAAAGGAUGACAUCUCCGGAACGGUGGGAGAUUCGGCAGCUGAUCGCCUCUGGAGUCGCCAAGGCCUCCGACUAUCCCGACCUCGAAGACGAGUACAACUCGACCUUGACGGGCGAGGGACAGAUGGAGCUUGAGGAGGAUGUCGAUAUCGAGAUCAGAGAGGAGGAACCGCCUUUCCUGGCAGGUCAGACCAAGCAGUCCCUCGAACUAUCCCCCAUCAGGGUAGUCAAGGCCCCCGACGGAUCGUUGAACAGGGCCGCCAUGUCUGGCACUUCGCUAGCGAAAGAGAGGAGGGAAAUAAGGCAACAAGAGGCUGAGGCCGAGGCGAAGGAGAGGGAGGACCAGAACAAGGUGAACCUGUCGGCGCAGUGGAAUGAUCCCAUGGCGGACCCCGAAAAACGCAAGUUCGCAAGCGAGUUCAGGAACGCCCAGGCACACGCCAAGACUGACGCCGUACCCGAGUGGAAGAAAGUCAUCCAGUCCAAGGAUCAGUCCUUCGGAAAACGCACCAACAUGACCAUCAAGCAGCAGCGGGAGUCGCUCCCAGUGUAUGCCUUCAGAAGCCAGCUCAUCAGCGCUGUCAAGGAUAAUCAGAUUCUGAUCGUGGUCGGUGAGACGGGCUCCGGCAAAACCACACAGCUCACCCAAUAUCUGGCCGAGGCCGGCUUUGCCAACGACGGCAUCAUCGGCUGCACCCAGCCCCGUCGUGUGGCAGCCAUGUCGGUGGCCAAGCGUGUCGCGGAAGAGGUCGGCUGCCAACUGGGCCAAGAAGUCGGAUACACGAUUCGUUUCGAGGACUGUACUAGCCCGGCUACCAAAAUCAAGUACAUGACGGAUGGUAUGCUUCAGCGUGAGAUUCUCAUGGACGCAGACAUGCGGCGGUACUCUGUCAUUAUGCUCGACGAGGCCCACGAACGCACCAUCGCCACCGAUGUUCUCUUCGCCCUUCUUAAAAAGGCCCUGAAACGUCGCCCUGACCUCAAGGUCAUUGUCACCUCAGCAACACUGGAUGCUGACAAGUUUUCGGCAUACUUCAACGAAUGUCCUAUCUUUACCAUUCCCGGCCGAACUUUCCCGGUUGAGAUUCUUUACUCUCGAGAGCCCGAGUCCGAUUACCUGGAUGCUGCUCUUGUUACCGUCAUGCAGAUCCAUCUUACGGAACCCAUGGGCGACAUUCUGCUCUUCCUCACAGGCCAGGAAGAGAUUGACACAGCCUGCGAAAUCCUGUUUGAGCGGAUGAAAGCCUUGGGUCCCAACGUUCCCGAGCUGCUCAUUCUCCCCGUCUACUCUGCGCUACCCAACGAGAUGCAGAGCAGGAUCUUCGAGCCCGCACCUCCCGGCAGUCGCAAGGUCGUCAUUGCCACCAACAUUGCCGAGACCUCCAUUACCAUUGAUCACAUUUACUACGUCGUCGACCCGGGGUUCGUGAAGCAAAACGCCUACGACCCGAAGCUGGGCAUGGACUCUCUGGUUGUUACGCCCAUCUCGCAAGCUCAAGCAAACCAAAGAGCUGGUCGAGCAGGGCGUACCGGUCCUGGCAAGUGCUUCAGGCUUUACACCGAGGCAGCUUAUCAGUCCGAGAUGCUGCCAACCACCAUCCCCGAAAUCCAACGCCAGAACUUGUCCAACACCAUUCUCAUGCUGAAGGCGAUGGGCAUCAACGACCUUCUGCACUUCGACUUCAUGGACCCACCUCCCAUCAACACCAUGCUUACAGCAUUGGAAGAGCUCUAUGCCCUGUCCGCUCUGGAUGACGAGGGCCUCCUUACGCGCCUGGGCCGCAAGAUGGCCGACUUCCCCAUGGAGCCCUCUCUCGCAAAGGUGCUCAUCGCCGCCGUCGACAUUGGUUGUUCAGACGAGAUGCUGAGCAUCGUCGCCAUGCUCAACCUGCCCAACGUCUUCUACCGCCCGAAGGAGAAGCAGUCGCAGGCGGACCAGAAGAAGGCCAAGUUCCACGACCCCUCGGGCGACCACCUGACGAUGCUCAACGUGUACAACUCGUGGAAGCAGUCGCGCUACUCGAAGCCGUGGUGCGCCGAGAACUUUAUCCAGUUCCGCUCCAUGACCCGGGCCAAGGACGUGCGGCAGCAGCUCGAGAAGAUCAUGCAGCGGUACAAGCACCCCGUCGUGUCGUGCGGCAGCAACACCAACAAGGUGCGGCAGGCGCUCUGCUCGGGCUUCUUCCGCAACUCGGCGCGCAAGGACCCGCAGGAGGGGUACAAGACGCUCAUCGAGGGCACGCCCGUCUACCUGCACCCGAGCUCGGCGCUGUUCGGCAAGCAGGCCGAGUGGGUCAUCUACCACACGCUCGUGCUGACGACCAAGGAGUACAUGCACUGCACGACCAACAUCGAGCCCAAGUGGCUCGUCGAGGCGGCGCCGACCUUCUUCAAGGUGGCCGCCUCGGACAAGCUGAGCAAGCGCAAGAAGGCCGAGCGGAUACAGCCGCUGUACAACAAGUUCCAGGGCCCGGACGACUGGAGGCUCAGCGCCCAGAGGAGGGCGGGCAGGUCCGGGGGCGGCGGUGGUACAUGGGGUUGA